AUGGAAGAUUUGGUUCAGCUUUCGGAUUCAAUGCAACAGGCCGCAGGUCUUCUUAACGACGAUGAUAUUUAUCCAUUGUCAUCUUUACAACAACGCUAUUAUUCCACUUUUUUAAAUGUCGUUGUUCUUGGCAACACUGGUGCAGGUAAAUCAGCAGUGUUGAACAGUCUGAUUGGACAUCCUGUCUUGCCUACUGGUGAAGGUGGUGCAACUCGUGCACCUAUAUGCAUAGAUUUAAAGAGGGAUGACAACUUAAGUAUCAAAUCAAUUAUAUUGCAAGUUGAUAACAAAUCCCAAACUGUGUCUGCAAGUGCUCUUCGACGUUCUUUACAAGAAAAAGUCGGCAAAAUAUCAAGCAAGAGUCAUGAUGAAAUAUAUAUGAAACUUAUAACGAGUACAGCCCCUCCUCUGAAUUUGGUUGAUUUGCCUGGAGUGGAUAAAGCACAUCGUAAUGAUUCAUUGGUGAGUCGCUUUCAUUUGGAAUAUGCCCGACACAACGAUUCAGUUUUGUUGGUUGUAAUACCAGCUGCUCAGGCACCUGAAAUUUCCAAAGCUAAAGCCCUCAGGAUUGCAAAGGAAUACGACCGAGAAUAUACAAGAACUGUUGGUGUCAUCAGUAAAAUGGAUCAAGUGUCAUCAGAUCUUAAAACUCUUGCAGCCAUUCAAGCCCUUCUCUUAGGUCAAGGACCUAAGAGUACGGUUGAUAUCCCGUGGGUUGCUCUAAUUGGUCAAUCUGUUUCAAUCGCUUCAGUCAAGUCGGAAUCUGAUAACGCGUUAGAAAAUUCAUGGCAAGCUGAAAGUGACGCGUUAAAAUCUAUGUUGACCGGAGCUCCUCAGAGCACGCUUGGUAGAUUAGCCUUGGUGGCAACCCUUUCUAAUCAGAUUCAUAACCGUAUGAAAAUCAAGCUUCCAAGUCUUCUAUCAGGGCUUCAAGAUAAGUCUCAAGUUAUGCAGGAUGAGUUGGUAAAGCUUGGAGAAUCAAUGGUCAGUAGUUCUGAAGGAACAAGGGCUUUGGCUUUGGAACUUUGCCGGGAAUUCGAAGACACAUUUAUUCAACAUAUUGUGGGCGGGGAGGGUACCGGAUGGAAAGUUGUUGCAAGUUUUGAGGGUAACUUCCCAAAUAGGAUCAAACAGAUUCCUUUAGACAAACAUUUUGACUUAAAUAAUGUUAAGCGGAUUGUGCAAGAAGCAGAUGGUUACCAACCUUAUCUUAUAUCUCCAGAAAAGGGGCUACGGUUUUUAAUAAAAAGUAUAUUAGAAAUGGCAAAAGAACCAUCACGCCUUUGUGUUGAUGAGGUUCAUCGUGUGCUUGUGGAUAUAGUUUCAACAUCAGCAAAUGCUACACCCGGUCUAGAAAGAUAUCCUUCACUCAAGAGAGAAGUUGUGGCAAUAGCGACCGCUGCUCUGGAGGGGUUUAAGGACGAAGCUAAAAUCAUGGUGACGGCACUUGUUGACAUGGAGCGGGUGUUUGUCCCACCACAACAUUUCAUCCGUCUAGUGCAGAGACGGAUGGAUAGGCAAAGACGAGAAGAAGAGAUUAAAGCAAAAUCAUUUAAAAAGGGUGAUGAUGUCGAGCAAUCUAUACUAAAUAGGGCACCUAGUCCUUACACAAGAGGGAAAGAAACUGGUUGGACCUUAAAGGAUACAAAAAAAGAUAAUGACGUGCCCGUUAGAACUUCCUUGUUGACUGCAGGACCAGAGGGGGAGAUCACAGCAGGAUUCUUGUUGAAAAAAAGUGCAAUUACUAAUGGAUGGAGUCGGAGAUGGUUUGUUUUCAAUGAGAAAACUGGGAAGCUUGGGUACACUAAAAAACAAGAAGAGAGGCAUUUCCGUGGCGUUAUCAAUUUAGAGGAAUGUAAUGUAGAAGAAGUUGACGAUGAAGUCUCCUCAUCCAGAAGCUCUAAAAAGUCAAAGGGGGAAGAGAAGGCACCUAACCUGGUCUUUAAAAUAACAAGCAAGGUUGCAUUUAUGACAGUUUUGAAAGCUCAGAGCGCAGUUGUGUUGAAGGCAGAAACUACUGCUGAAAAAGCUGAGUGGUUAAACAAAUUGAAGCCCAUAAUCAGUGAGAAUGGGAGUCAAGAGAUUGCUAAACUGGAUAGUCCUUCCAUCCAUAGAAGUCAAUCAGAUGGUUUGCGUGAUAAGGUGGUCAGAAAACCUGCAGAUCCAGAGGAAGAACUUCGUUGGAUAGCUCAGGAAGUGCGUGGUUAUUGUGAAGUUGUUUUGAACAGCCUUGCAGCAAAUGUUCCCAAAGCAGUUAUUCUUUGCCAGGUAGAAAAAGCUAAAGAAGAGAUGCUGAAUAAGCUUUAUAUUUCUGUAAGUUCCCAGAGUACAUUGAGGAUCGAAGAACUGCUUCAGGAGGAUGGUAAUGUGAAGCGUAAAAGAGAGGAAGUUCAGAGGCAAUCCUCUCUACUCUCCAGACUCACCAGGCAACUCACUGUUCUUGAUAAUCAUGCAGAUGUAGUUUCAAGCAUGUCAAAUGGUAGUUUUGCAGAAAAUCCACGAAGUAACGAACCCUCAUCAGGUGAUGACUGGAGGUCUGCUUUUGAUUCUGCUGCCAAUGGUCCCUUGGAGUUUGACUCUACGAGGUUUAGGUCUAAUGGACACAGUCGUAGGUAUAGUGAUGCUUUCCAAAACGGUGAUGCUGGCUCAAGUUCAGAAUCAAACUCCAGCAGUCGCCGCAUGUCUAACAGAAUGUCGCCCAUGCCACCUGGUCCUGUCUAUAGAUUUUAAAAUGUUACUUAAAAGCCUUCUGUCAAUACAAUCUGAUUCAAGAAUUCUUGUUGUUAAGAUUAUAAGUUGGGUUGGUGACUUGGUGUACACAAGUUCAAGUGAUAUAGAACUGGUCUACCCAUUUUUUUUUGUAUCUACACAUUGAUUUGGCAGUACAUUUUCUGUAUUAUCCUAAAGGU